AGACGAAGAUAUCUUUUCGACAAUUCCAGUUAUUGAAUGCAUUACUUGAACAGAAAUAACCUUCUAAUAUUGGUUUAUGGACAUCCGAGGAAACUGUUUAUCUUCAAAUAAUUGUGCCUCCCCUUUCGGGUAUUGAUAUUUUAUGAUCAGUCACUUAAAAGGCAGAAUUUAGAGUGCAUUUAUCGUCGUUUUAGACUCGGAUCGUUUCAGAAUGGUUCUGCAGAACAGCGGCCGCUACAAGGCCGAUCGCAGUGACAACGCCGACGGUGGUUGGGCCAAAAAAUCAGAAGAUUCAUCCGAGGCCAGACUACAGAGAUCGGUAAUCAAUGAUGAACUGGAUUUGCUGUACGGAUUUGACCGCUACAAGGAGCCUGCCGAAAGGGUGGGAUGGCUCAUCAACAUGCAUCCAGCGGACAUUUUGGAUGAGAGUAAGAAGCUGAUCAGUGCUGUGGACUAUUACUUCCUACAAGACGACGGCAGUCGCUUCAAGGUUUCCCUCCCGUUCAGACCCUACUUCUACAUCGUCACCAAGAAAGAAUGUGAGAGGGAGGUGUCUGCCUACCUGACUAGGAAACACUUUGGAACGCUUGCUUCAGUGGAAACAGUCUACAAGGAAGACCUUGACUUGCCAAAUCACUUGGUGGGACUGAAGUGUAGCUGCCUAAAGCUGAGCUUCCACUCCACACAGGAUCUGAUGAAGGUCCGACGUGAAAUCAUGCCGCGGGUUCGCAAGAAUCGAGAGCGUGAGAAAUCCUCCUCGGCCUACACUGCCCUUCUAACCAGCCAUCUUGGUGGUGACGACAACCCUGGGGGCAGAGCAGCAGGAGGAAAGAAGAUCAACGACCAGAUGGAUAACAUCAUAGAUAUCAGGGAGUAUGACGUCCCUUACCAUGUCAGAGUGGCCAUCGACAAGAAGAUUCAUGUGGGUCAUUGGUACUCUGUACAAGGGAGGGGUUCCAUGGCACCCAUCAUUACACAGAGAGAUGACCUGCUAGAGAGACCAGACCCUGUUGUACUGGCCUUUGACAUUGAAACCACCAAGCUACCCCUCAAGUUUCCUGACGCAGAGACGGACAGUGUCAUGAUGAUCUCAUACAUGAUUGACGGACAGGGAUAUUUAAUCACAAACCGAGAGAUCAUCGCAGAAGACGUAGAAGACUUUGAGUACACCCCGAAGCCGGAGUACGAAGGACCCUUCAUCGUGUACAACGAGGACACCGAGAUGACCUGCCUGCAGAAGUUCAUUGACCACGUCUUGGAGGUCAAGCCCAACAUCAUUGUCACGUACAACGGAGACAUGUUUGAUUGGCCUUUCAUUGAGACCAGAUACAAACAUUAUGGCAUUGACAUGUACAGAGAGAUUGGCUUCCAGAAGGAUGCUGCAGGGGAAUACAAGUGUAGGAGUGUGAUCCACAUGGAUGCAUACAGAUGGGUCAAGCGUGACAGCUACCUGCCUGUAGGCUCCCAGAACCUCAAGGCUGCAUCCAGGGCCAAGCUCCGCUACGACCCCAUUGAGAUGGACCCUGAAGACAUGUGUCGCAUGGCCAGCGAGCAGCCCCAGACCCUGGCCAACUACUCCGUCUCGGACGCAGUGGCGACGUACUACCUGUAUAUGAAAUACGUGCAUCCAUUUAUCUUCGCGCUGUGCACCAUCAUCCCUAUGGAACCGGACGAGGUCUUGCGGAAGGGGUCUGGAACUCUCUGCGAGGCCUUGCUGAUGGUCCAGGCCUACCAUGCCAACAUCAUCUUCCCAAACAAGCAGGAGCAAGUGUUCAACAAGCUGACCAAGGACGGACAUCUUUUGGAGACGGAGACCUACGUUGGAGGCCACGUUGAGGCUCUGGAAUCUGGAGUCUUCAGGAGUGACCUGCCCUGCCGUUUCAGAAUGGUACCUGAGGCUUUCCAGCAGUUGAUGGAGGAUGUCGAGCGAACGAUGAAACACGCCAUCGAGGAGGAAGAGAAGAUACCCCUCAGCACAGUCACUAACUUUGAAGAGAUUUGUGAGGAGAUCAGGGAGAAGCUAGCAGCUCUUCGAGACAACCCUGCCAGACUUGAGAACCCCGUCAUCUACCAUCUUGACGUCGGAGCCAUGUACCCCAACAUCAUCCUUACCAACAGGUUACAGCCCUCAGCUAUGGUGGACGAGGCAGUGUGCGCUGCGUGUGACUUCAACAAACCAGGAGCUCGCUGUCAGAGGGAGAUGUCUUGGAUGUGGAGGGGAGAUUACAUGCCAGCUUCGAGGGGGGAGUACCACAGAAUUCAACAGCAGUUGGAGAUUGAGCGGAUCCCUCCAGCUAAUCCCGGCGAACCUCACAGGGUCUUCCAUGAACUGGGCAAAGAGGAACAAGCCCUGCUGGAAAAGAAAAGACUGCAAGAGUACUGUCGCAAGGCGUACAAGAAGACAAAGAUCACGAAGCAAGAAGAAAAACACACCACCAUCUGCCAGCGAGAGAACUCUUUCUACGUCGACACGGUGAGGGCGUUCCGUGAUCGGCGCUAUGAGUUCAAAGGUCUUCUCAAGGUUUGGAAGAGGAAGGUCGCAGGGGCCAUGGAGAAGGGUGAUGCAGCCGAGAUCAAGAGCGCAAGGAACAAGGAGAUCCUCUACGACUCUCUGCAGCUGGCCCACAAGUGUAUCCUCAACUCAUUCUAUGGCUAUGUGAUGAGAAAAGGAUCUCGCUGGUACUCGAUGGAGAUGGCAGGUAUUGUGUGCUAUACUGGAGCUGGGAUCAUCACAAGGGCCAGGGAACUCAUUGAACAGAUCGGACGCCCUCUUGAGUUGGACACAGACGGUAUCUGGUGCGUGAUGCCAGCCAGCUUCCCUGAGAACUUUGACAUCAAGACCACCAACCCAAAGAAGCCUAAAGUGGCUAUUUCCUAUCCUGGAGCCAUGCUUAACAUCAUGGUGUGGGACUACAACACCAACGACCAAUACCAGGAGUUGGUUGACCCCAGCAAUCUGACCUACCAGGUCAGGAAAGAGAACUCCAUCUUCUUUGAGGUAGACGGUCCCUACCUUGCCAUGAUCCUCCCGGCGUCCAAGGAAGAAGGCAAGAAGCUGAAGAAGAGGUACGCUGUGUUCAACUUCGAUGGAUCGUUGGCUGAGCUGAAGGGCUUUGAGGUGAAGCGGAACGGAGAGCUUCAGCUGAUCAAAAUCUUCCAAGCCUCUGUCUUUGAAGCAUUCCUGAAAGGCACGACCCUGGAGGAGUGCUACGCUGCUGUUGCCAAGAUUGGAUACUGGCUGGAUGUUCUCUAUAGCAAGGCUGUGGACAUGCCAGACUGUGAGCUGUUUCAUUUGACUGAGAAUCGCAGCAUGUCUCGUAAGCUUGAGGACUAUGGCGAACAGAAAUCCACGUCCAUCAGUACUGCAAAGAGACUUGCAGAGAUGGUGAAGGACAAGGGCUUGGCCUGCAAGUUUGUCAUCGCUAAGAAACCAGACGGCGCCCGGUCACCGAGCGGCCAUCCCCAUGGCGAUCUUCCAGAAAGGCUCAAGUUCCAGACCAUGACGGACUUUGACAUCAGAACAAUUCUUGACUGGAACUACUACAUUGAGCGCCUGGGUAGCACUAUUCGAAGAUCUACCAUCCCUGCUGCACUUCAACAGGUUUGUGACUCUCUUCACCCAGGAGUAGGGCUUGUUCGUUAUAACCUAUGUUAA